AUGCCUCCCCUUUAUUAUCCGAGAGUUAGCUACUCGAAGAAUUUUACCACAAGGUCGAUAAUUUCAUUGCAUGAUGUAAAGGGUUUUACAUCACUGAAAUUUCAGAGACAGUACUCAUCCAAACCUCAAAAUAAUGUGACUGCUAGACUGAACAGUGCUCCUAUAGAGUUUACUCCAAAUAUACCUUUUCAAAAACUGCAAUGGCCAAUUCCUGGAAUUCAAGAGGUAGCUAAGAAUGCAGCUCGAUCUGCCUUAAGAUGCAAUGAUACUACCACUAAUAUCGAACUUCCGUUUGAAGUUAAACUAGUUGAUUCCAAAAGUGCAACUAAAAACAGAAGGAGGAAUAAUCAAGAUUUAGCGGUAAAUUUGAAGAAAACGCUUAUUGAUCCAUAUAUACAACUUUCCAAGCCUAGAUUAACAGUUUUGGUGAUGAUCAGCGCGAUUUGCUCAUAUGCAUUAUCUCCAGGACUAGCUACGAUAUCAGAGCUUCUGUCUUUAACAGUUGGUACAACGUUAUGCUCUGCUUCUGCUAACGCAAUCAAUAUGGGUAGAGAGCCUAAUUUUGAUAGGCAAAUGGUUAGAACUCAAACAAGGCCGGUUGUGCGUGGCUUGUUGACCUCACUACAGGCAUAUAAGUUUUCAGCAAUUACAGGUACCCUGGGUUUCAGCGCUCUAUAUAUUGGCGUUAAUCCAGUGGUUGCAUUAUUGGGAGGCUUCAACAUUCUGCUAUAUGGAUGGAUAUAUACAUCUCUGAAAAGAAAGCACAUAAUUAAUACAUGGGUUGGGGCUGUUGUAGGAGCAAUUCCGCCGCUUAUGGGAUGGGCAGCAGCAAGCCCAUUAACACACCCAGGAUGUUGGUGUCUAGCUGGUCUAUUGUACUCCUGGCAGUUUCCACAUUUCAAUACCUUGAGUCAUAAUAUCAGAAGAGAAUACAAAAAUGCCGGAUAUGUGAUGGCAGCCUGGAAAAACCCCAAACUGAAUGCAAGAGUCGCUAUGAGACAUUCGUUGUUCAUGUUUCCUCUAUGCUUUGGGCUUUCAUAUUUUGAUAUCACUGAUUGGUACUUCCAAAUCGAUUCUGCAUUGAUAAACCUAUGGUUGUCAUUUUGGGCCUUCAAAUUUUAUUUCCAACAACGCUUUAAUUAUUCAAAGAAUAUUUAUGGUGAUAAAAAGGAGUUUAACAACGGACUAGCAGUAGCGAAUCAGUAUGCUCGUAAAACGUUUUGGGUUAGUGUCCUUCAUUUACCCGCAAUUCUAGCAUUGGCAAUUUUACACAAGAAAGACCGCUGGAAUUGGUUAUUUAAUGAUGAUGAGAAACUUCAUGCUUAA